GACAACAAUCCUGUAUCGGAUGCGAGCCAUUGAUAUGGGCACUGCGCUGGCAUUUAAACCCUCCUGAUAACAAAAACACCACAAUCACAGCGUUGAGGCGCAUUUACUGUAACCUGAAAAAUAACAUUAUCGUCUUUCUGAAGCUUAACAAUGCCGAGUAAUAAGCUUGAUAAACCAGAGAAGUCAGAGGUCAGUGACAAUGUCAAGGUGGUGGUGAGAUGUCGUCCCCUAAACCAGAAAGAGAAGAUGAUGGGCCACAAACAGGCCGUCAGUGUGGACGAGAUUCGAGGAACCAUCACUGUCAACAAACUGGAGACCUCCAAUGAGCCUCCCAAAACCUUCACUUUUGACACUGUUUUCGGCCCGGACAGCAAACAGCUGGAUGUCUACAACCUUACAGCCCGCCCCAUCAUUGACUCAGUGUUAGAGGGAUACAAUGGCACCAUCUUUGCAUAUGGGCAAACUGGCACAGGGAAAACAUUCACCAUGGAGGGUGUGAGGGCAGUGCCAGAACUUAGAGGGAUAAUCCCUAACUCCUUUGCUCAUGUCUUUGGUCACAUUGCCAAGGCAGAGGGUGACACACGGUUUUUGGUUCGUGUGUCAUACCUGGAGAUUUAUAAUGAGGAAGUGCGGGACUUGCUAGGCAAAGAUCAGAUGCAGAGGCUAGAGGUGAAAGAAAGACCAGAUGUCGGUGUAUACAUCAAAGAUCUCUCUGGUUAUGUUGUGAACAAUGCUGACGACAUGGACAGGAUUAUGACACUGGGGCACAAAAACCGUUCUGUUGGUGCCACCAACAUGAACGAGCACAGUUCUCGCUCUCACGCCAUAUUCACCAUAACCAUAGAGUGCAGUGAGAAAGGUGUGGAUGGAAACCAACAUGUGCGCAUGGGAAAACUUCAUCUAGUUGAUCUUGCAGGUUCUGAGAGACAGGGGAAGACUGGAGCCACAGGCCAGCGUUUAAAGGAAGCAACAAAGAUCAAUCUCUCUCUUUCUACCCUGGGUAAUGUUAUCUCUGCCCUGGUGGAUGGCAAGAGUACACACGUUCCCUACAGGAACUCCAAACUCACCCGUCUACUUCAGGAUUCACUAGGAGGAAACUCCAAGACGAUGAUGUGUGCGAACAUAGGCCCAGCAGACUACAACUACGAUGAGACCAUCAGUACCCUACGCUACGCCAAUCGGGCCAAGAACAUCAAGAACAAGGCCAGGAUCAAUGAGGACCCCAAAGAUGCCCUGCUGCGCCAGUUUCAGAAGGAGAUUGAGGACUUGAAGAAGAAACUAGAGGAAGGAGAGGAAAUCUCUGGUUCUGAGGGCAGUGCAUCAGAAGAGAUGGAUGAAGGUGAUGAUGAAGGAGGGGAGGCAGGAGAAGGCCGCAGGAGAAGAAGAGACAGUAGCAGCAGCAGCAAUAGCUCAGACUCUGCCUGCUCCUCAGUACCACAGCCCACUGAGGACAGACCUCAGACUAAAGAAAGAGGGAAGAAGAAGGUUUCCCCUGAUAAGAUGGUGGAGAUGCAGGCAAAGAUUGAGGAGGAACGGAAGGCCUUGGAGGCCAAGCUGGACAUGGAGGAGGAGGAGAGGAACAAGGCCAGGGCAGAGCUGGAGAAGAGGGAGAAGGACUUGCUCAAAGCUCAGCAGGAGCACCACUUGCUGCUGGAGAAACUGACUGCGUUAGAGAAGAAGGUGAUUGUGGGCGGGGUGGACCUCCUGGCCAAGGCCGAGGAGCAGGAGAAGCUCCUGCAGGAGUCCAACAAUGAACUGGAAGAACGCCGCAGGAGGGCUGAGCAGCUCCGCAAAGAACUGGAGGAGAAAGAACAAGAACGUCUGGACAUUGAGGAGAAAUACACAAGCCUUCAGGAGGAGGCCCAAGGAAAGACCAAGAAGCUGAAGAGGGUAUGGACCAUGCUGAUGGCUGCCAAAUCAGAGAUGGCUGAUCUGCAGCAAGAGCAUCACCGAGAGAUUGAGGGUCUCUUAGAGAACAUUCGCCAGCUGAGCCGAGAACUCCGGCUCCAGAUGCUCAUUAUAGACAACUUCAUUCCCCAGGAAUAUCAGGAGAUGAUAGAGAAUUAUGUGCACUGGAAUGAAGAUAUUGGAGAAUGGCAACUGAAAUGUGUGGCAUACACUGGCAACAAUAUGAGAAAACAGACCCCUGCACCAGACAAGAAGGAAAAAGAUCCGUUUGAGGUGGAUCUGUCCCAUGUGUACCUGGCCUACACAGAGGAGAGCAUGCGGCAGUCACUGAUGAAACUAGAGAGGCCCAGGACCUCUAAAAGCAGCAAGAGCGGUCGGCCCAAGACUGGACGAAGGAAAAGAUCUGCAAAGCCAGAGGCUGUGAUAGAAUCCCUUCUGCAGUGAUGGCAGCUUCACAGCACUCUUCCCUCUGCAACCUACAUGUUACCCUAGGAAAAGGAGUCAUUAAAGUCUCAAGAUUUUAAUGUUGAACGUUAUUUAAAAGAUUAUCUGAAUACACUGUAGAGCUGACAAGGUUUUAAAUGUGAAGUAGAUUAUGUUCAGGGAACACUGACUGUAGGAUUUAGGCCUCUUGGUCAAUGGAACCUGCUGAUUUUAUUCAAAUGUAAAGCUCCUUUUAGGAGGGCCAGCAUAUCAACAUUGCAUUUAAACAUUCAGCUUGCAGCAAACUGCUUGAAAUUGGACUCUUCUUUAAUAAGCAGAUCUAAUCUUACAACGAAAAUUCACCUUAAACAGAAUUCACUUGUUACCCCAAUGAUUUUGAACGACAGGGUCCAAAAACUGAAGGCCACAGAACUGGCAGGUCUUUUUGGACUUGUGAUCUAGAAACUGUAGUCAUAGCCUCUGAAAGCUGUCUUGUCUACCGUGCAAAUUAUUUUAAAGAGAUUUCAGGAUUUGGCAGAAUCAUUUUCAUACUAAGAUUGUCUGGCUGAGUUGUCAUUGAUCAUAUACACAUGGAACUCAAAAAUGUACUUUAUACUCUAAUUCCUUUACAUCAAAAGAAUGAACACGCAUGCCAUCCAACUCCUGUCAGUGCCAUUCGCCCAUUGUACACGAAGCAAGUCAUCUUUUUAUUUUUACAUCUGUUGUCUGAACACUUACUAUUAUAUUGAGAUAUAUAAUACAUAUGCCUUGAUAUAAUGCACUAGUAUGAAUUUUGUUUUCUUUUUCUAUAUGUGAAGAUAAUUCAUCUUUAUGGCAUAUUGUAGUGGAGAUAGUGACUUUAUUUUUAUCUUCUUUGUCAAAUGUUUACAUUCAUCAAGCCCCCUGGAUACUUAAUUUAUUAAAUUAUUUCACAUUUUAUCUCA